UUUUCCCCACCAAUCCCCAUAAUUUGUGUAGGACAGUACCAUUACGUAGGGGUCACUCACCUAGAAUGUGUGAUGCAGCGCAAGACUUACCCAUGCAUGACCCUGAAGUAAACACCCCACAUACUUUUUGUAUAAUGUGUCCGGUGACAGGCCUCCUGGUGCUCACUCAUCCAGCAGGUGGCAUUGUAGCCAGGCUGCCCAGGGUGUUGCGAGCAGCCUCCCAGCAUGUGACUAAAACACUCUAUGUCCAUCUUGAUCCACAAGCUAGAACUCAUCUGCCAGAAAGCAUCAAACCACUUACCCUCUACAGUCACAUCAUUUCAAGCAUUUAUGGCCACAGCAGUUCCCUUUGCCGCGGUCUGGAUGUACGGGUGUUGUUGGCCGGCUUUAAAGACUCCAUACCUAGACCACCUAGGACUCGACUUCCAGUGGAUGUGUUGAUCCUGGAGGACACGGGGCAGGAUAGAGAGAAGCAUUACAGUAGCUGUCUGGCUGCUGGUGGGCAAGUGGUGGUAUUGCCUGAAACACAAGAGAAAAGGGAAGGUGGAGAUGAGAUGCCCCUGCCUGUUUCUGUUCCAACAGACCAGGUUUAUGCUAAUGUAGUGUUGGGUGGCACUUUUGACCAGCCACAUGUUGGCCAUCUGGUUAUGUUGUCAGCAGCGCUGCUGCGAUGUAAUGGCCGGCUUCUCUGUGGGAUGGCUGAUGGCCCCUUGCUCAGGAAGAAAACUCUUACUGAGCUGAUCAGGCCUCAAGAGAGGAUGGAUGGCUUGGCCCAGCUGGUGGAGGAGCUGGAUCCCAGUGUUGAGCUGCAUGCCGUGCCCAUUGAGGAGCCCCUUGGCCCCACGGCAUGGGAUCCCAACAUGGACAUGCUUGUGGUGAGUGAGGAGACAAAGGGCGGUGUGGCAGCAAUUAAUCGUGUCAGGGAAGAGAAGGGCCUGCCACUACUUGAGGGCCAUGUGGUGACCCUGGUAGAGGAUGAAGAACGACAGUCCACUGAAGAGGAAACUAAGGCAAGUUCCUCCUCAGGAAGAAUGCGGCUUCUUGGCACCAUCCUGCAGGAGCCCACACUCAACCCUGCCAUCCCUGUCCAUCCCUGUGUCAUUGGUCUCACUGGAGGCUCUGCCAGUGGCAAGUCAAGUGUUGCCCGACGGCUGGCGGGGCUUGGUGCAGCUGUGGUGGACUGUGACAAGCUGGGCCAUGAAGCAUAUCUCCCAGGGACAGCAUGCCACAAGGCAUUAGUGGAUAUCUUUGCCUUAGAGAUUGUAGGUGAGGAUGGCCACAUCAACCGAAGAGCACUAGCAGCAAGAGUGUUCAACAAUGAAGCGGCAAGACAGCAACUGAACAGUAUUGUGUGGCCAGAGAUAGAGCGGCUGGUGGAGCAGAGAGUGGCCCAGCUGGCAAGAGAGGGGACGUCUGUGGUGGUCCUGGAUGCUGCAGUGUUACUGGAAGCUGGGUGGGAUAGACUUUGUCAUCAGGUGUGGGUGUGUGUGUUGCGGCGAGAAGAGGCAGUUCGGCGCAUCAUGGAACGAGAUGGCAAGACCGCUGAGGAAGCUGAGCAACGGCUGGACUCACAGAUAGCACAGAAAGAGCUGGUGCAAAGAGCAAAUGUUGUCUUCUGCACUCAGUGGGCGGGGGAAUACACCCAGAAACAGGUGGAGAAAGCCUGGGCUGCUCUCACUGCCCACCUGGCCAAGACCAAUGCUACCACCACCACCACCCAGACUGCUGCUGUCCCUUCUAAGUCACAUGUCUAGUUAGCCUCAGGUGCUGUUCUUUGUGCCUUAAUGCUGUAGCCAGGAGAUAGAGGGGUGGAGGUGUCAUGGGGUGGUUUUGGUACUUACAGCAGUUGAAUGCUGUAAUUUUUUUUCUUAAUAUUUUCAGAAUUGUUGUGUUGUAGUGUGGGAUAUAGUACAGUAAAUUCUCAGUAUAACAGAUAUUGGAUAUUAUAAAUCCUUUAAGCCUAAUGAAGAACACAAUUGAUUUUAGAUUCUUUCGAGCAACUCUUAAUUCAGUUUGGUAAAAAGGUGGUAAGACUGAGUGAUGUGCAGGCAGAAAGGUGUUAUUGAACACAAGGCACAUGGUUGGUGGACAGUAUUGAGUUUGAUCUCUGUGUCUUUUUCUAUGUUCUCACCACCAAAAUUUGACACUUUAAGAAUGCAUAUUAUUGAAUGAGUAUUGCUGUAACAAGCCAAGUUCACUAAGAAGCCUCCCUUUAAUGAUAGUCAGAUAUAGCGAACCUUUUGCUUUGGAUAUAGCAACUUAACCUUCUCUCCAGUUAACUUCAUUGAUAGUCUACUCUUUCUUAAUAGGGAUAUACAUUUAUGCAGUAAUAUAUUUUUUUUUGUUACGUAGAUGAGAUAAAUUGGUCAUUGCCUGAGGUGAGAUACCACAGGAAGGCUGCACAGCACUGGCAGGGAUUACAAGACAGCAUUGUAUGUACCACAGACUCUCUCACUCUCUAGGAGGGUCAGUAAAGCAAUGAGAACAAGCAGAUGAAAUCAGCUUGGAUAUUGAGAGGAAGUACAGUUGACAAUACUAUUAUAGUAAAUAUUGUCAUAUCUUCUCUGUAUAAUUUAGUUUAUCAUUUAAGAUAUAGUAAUCCCUCUUCCAAAUUCUAUGAAAUUAAGACUGUACUUUUGAUUGAUCAUUGGCGAUGUGUUCGGUAUUAUUUGUAAAAUAUUAAGUACAUGAGUUGAGGGUGUUAACAAUUUGUCAGUCUAUUUCUCUUGGAAAUAUCAUUGGAAAUUACCCCAAAAUCUCCAAAUGCUGUUUUUCAUCCCAAGUUGGAAUACCUUGAUAGUAUAUAUGCACACAGCUCUGUUUACACUGAAGCCAUCAUGUUUAAAGGGAACAUACUAAUCAAGGUGGUGAGAGAGCAGCUAUGGUCAUGCAUUGGCCAUCAUGGCCCCUGAUCUGUUAUAAAGAUUGCAGUGCAAAGGUGUUUUUCCACCACCACCUCAUUCUCCCUCCUUGAAGUGUACUAGUUUUGAGUAGUUUGUCCACAAUGCUUCUGUUGUAGGCAACUUUCAUGAAUCCCAACUUAAUGCAAAUCUUGUCUCCUUGUAUUAUCCAUGUCCUAUUAUAUGAAUUUUUUUCAAUGUUUAUAUUGCCUUCUGAGCUGAGAAAGAGGAGAUUGAGAUGGUUCGGACACAUGAGAAGGGCAGAGGGAGGGGUGUUGAGCAAGGUGGAGGAGGUGAGGGUUGCAGGCCGACGGCCAGUGGAAGGCCAAUGGAAAGGUGGAGGGAGUGUGUGAUGGAGGAUAUGAGUCGGUUGGGAAUAGAAGAACAUACGGCACAAGAUCACCAGUUGUGGAAAGCAGUCAUCAUCUGUCCAAAAUGGGAAAAUGUGGACAUUAAAUGAAAAUGAUGAUGAUGAUGUUUAUAUUGCCUUCUUAGCCUGGUUCUUUAUUAUUUGCAUUUACAUUCCAAUGUUCCUGAUAUGAGGGAAGGCAAGCCUUUGCAGAGGUCAUCACAUCCUCCUUAGUUCAUAAAAGAGGGAAGUAAACUUCCUGUAGUAAACUCAAGUGCAAGAGUAUGAAAGCAUUACAUUGUGUUUGUGAUAGCAAGUGUUGAUGUUAAGCACCGAGCCAAUGUGGAUCUCAUGAGUAACAUAGGAUGUCAAGCUGUCAAUUACUAGGACAUUUGAUAUAACACUAUGCAGUGAUUUAUUUAUCAUGUUGGCAUUAUUUUUUCAUUCUUAUAAAUCUUUUGUCUGAAUAUUUUAUUUUGCAAUAAUAGUUCUUUAAUUUUUCUGGACAUUAUUUUAAUAAUUAGGUUCAAUUAUUUAAAAAUAAUCAAAAUUAUAAAAAUGUUGCUGUAUGCAGCCCCAGACUUGUCCAUGUUAGUUACUUUGAUGGCAGUAGGACCACUUUUUGUUACAUCGGAGGUGGGAGGCACAAUUCUUUUGUCCUAGCAAAGACUUGGAUAUUAACUGUGAAUGAUUUGAAUUUUGAGCUUGAAAUAAUUACUUAAAUCUUUGUAAAAGUCAUCUUCAGUCAACACCAGUAUUGUUAAUGUGUUUCCUUAGGUUCUGUAUUUGUAAUGUUGCUCUUAGCUUCUAUGAGCCAGCAUCAUUAUUGUUGAUCUGCCCACAAAAACACACCAGCUUAGUUCACCAAGAGGCAGCCCUGCCCUGGUCAGAAAUUAUAUCUCAAGUUGCUGCUUUCAAAGCUGUUUCAGUUACUAAAAUAACAAUUUAGUCCUUUUAAUCCAAAAAACAAUUUAGUCCUUUUUAUCCAAGUCAACACCAACCUGGGGUAAAACAUCAAACCUGUGUUUCUUUGUAUAAACUGCCUUUGUUGCUGAUGUUCUUCCCUCUUUUUUCCUGUGGAAGAAAGAGACGAGAUUUUUUUAUCAUGCACACUUUGCAUGAAUCACUUGUGUACUCAUAGUCAUCUUUUCCAUAUUAGAGGCAGACACCAAAACUGGUUCACCUCACCGAGGGGUCUCCAAGUGCACGAGUUCGAAUCCUGUCCACGGUCCGAGUGUAGGUUGGGCUUCCUCACUCGGGGCAACGGUUUCCUAGCGGGUGGGCUUUGAGAUAGGAGGUACCCAAAAAAGUAUCCCCUUUAGCCCAGAAAUUCCCGUGAAAAGCCCACAUGGUAUAAAAAAAAUAUAUAUAUAUAUAUAUAUUCACAUAAUGAAAUCACAUUUUGUAUACACAAAUGACCCCAUAUGAAGAUGAAAUAUAUACAAGGUAUGUAAAAUAAGACAAAACCAUUUAGUUUUUUUAUUAAGAAUCCAUAGAAAUAAUUAUUCCUCUAUCAUCAUAAUAAUGAAAUGGGUUUAAAUAAUUGAACAUGAAAGUCAGCCUUUCACUCAGCAACUCUUUAAAAUGUACCAAGGAUAACUGAACUUUUAGUCAUUCCUCAUAUCUGAUAAUUAUUCACUUAAAUUUUGAUUUCUUAAUCUUACUAGAGCUGAUUCAGACUCAUGGUGAUUCUCUAUUUCACUAUCAAUUAAAGCUUUCUCACAAUCAUUCUAUAACAAUAAUGAAAAUCCAGUUUCAAUUGAUGCCAAGAGUGGCACAUUCCUAUACAUUUUAUCUACCUGGUUUUCUAUAAUAGAUUGCCACAUGUCUGUCUGGCUCUUGUGGCAAACACUAGAUGUAUCAAUUAUUUUGUCUUGCAACCUGCUAGUGUAUGACAAAAAUGUAUGUAUAAAUCAAAAUUUUCAUUUUCCA